CUGCAGCCCGCCCCGCCUUGCCCUCCGCACCGCAGUUCCCGGCGGACCCGCUGCUCCUGCGCGAGGAAGGCUGAGGCGCUCAGCAUGAAUGGGCUCUCCCCGCUAUGCACCAAGCGCUUCUCCAGUGCCACCACUUGGGCUCCUGUAAUGUGAUUCAUGUAUGUACCUGAAAUUAAAGCUGGGGAUGCCACAGAUUACGGACUGCAUCCUGGAAGACUGCUGCGCGCAUCAGGUGUCAAUCACAGAUUGACUGCCAAAGACUUACAUUGCCCGAGGCAGAGGUUCAGAAGUGAAGGAAAAGAAGUCUCUAAUGGCUUUUGCUCAGGUUCAGGUGACCUUUAGGGAUGUAGCUGUAGAAUUCUCCCAGGAGGAGUGGGAAUCCCUGGACCUUACUCAGAGGGCUCUGUGCCAGGAGGUGAUAAUGGAGAACUACAGGAAUCUGGUCUCACUGGGAAUCUGUCUUCCUAAUCUGAAUGUUAUCUGUAUGUUGGAGCAUGGGAAAGAGCCUUGGACUGUGGAGAAUGAAAUGAAAAUAGCAAAAACACCAAGUGGGUGGGAAUAUGUCAAAGGCAUGAGCACAGAUCUCUGUCCUGUACAUGUGAUCCAGGAAUUACCACCUACAGACAAGAAUAGCACAGGAGAAAUAUCCCAAAGAAAGAUACUGGAAAAACAUGAAAUUCAUUACAUCGAAGACUUUUAUGUCUGGGAAGUCUGGGAAAAAAUGCAUGAUAUUCAAUGUCAGGUGAGAAAUGAUGAAAGAAAUUACCAAAAAGUACCUGUAAUGCAAAGAAAUGAAUUCACUUGCAAAAGACAUCAAUGUAGAAGACCUGCAGAAAACACAUCUGUUGAAAGUCAGCUUGAAUUAAGCUGUGGGUCACAGCUAGCUGAGAUUGAGAGACUUCACAGUGAAAGUCAGAUUUAUGAAUGUAGUCAGCUUGAGGAAUCUAGUGUUACUGGUUCCUCAUUCUCACCACUUCCAGCAGUUUCUCCAAGAGUCAAUUUUCAUGUUGCAGAGAUACAUGAGAAUAAUCCUCUCCAACCUUUGUUACUCACACAAGACCAGGAAGCUCACAGAGAAAAACCUUACAAAUGUAGUGAGUGUGGCAAGGCCUUUAAUCAGGGCUCUCAUCUCACCAGACAUCUAAUGAUCCAUACAAGAGAGAAGCCAUAUAAGUGUGAGGUAUGUGGCAAGGUCUUCAGUCAGAAGUCAAACUUAGCAAGUCAUGGUAGGAUCCAUACUGGAGAGAAACCAUACACAUGCAAUCGGUGUCCCAAGGUCUUCAGUCAACAUUCACACCUUGAAAAUCACCAGAGAGUUCAUACUGGAGAGAAGCCUUAUAAAUGUAAUGAGUGUGGCAAAGCUUUUAGGGUGCGUGCAAGCCUAAUGAACCAUCAGGUGACCCAUACUGGCGAAAAACCUUACAAAUGUGAGUGUGGCAAGGCAUUUUUCCAAAAGUCACAACUUGUAAAACAUCACAGAACUCAUACUGGAGAGAAACCACACAAAUGUAAUGAAUGUGGUAAAGCAUUUAUCCAAAAUUCAAGUUUAGUGGAUCAUCAAAGAACCCAUUUUGGAGAGAAAUCACAUAAAUGUUAUGAGUGUGGAAGAGCCUUUUUUAUACGCUCCAGCCUGACUAACCAUCUGAUGAUUCAUGCUGGAGAGAAACCUUACAAAUGUCAUGACUGUGGAAAGGCUUUUAUCAGUCGUUCAAACCUUAAGCAUCAUGUGAGUAUUCAUUCUGGAGAAAAGCCAUUCCGAUAUAAUGAAUGUGGAAAAGCCUUUAGGCAGUGGUCUGACAUUAGGAUUCACCAAAGAAUUCAUGCUGGAGAGAAACCAUACAAAUGUGACAAAUGUGGCAAAGCCUUUACUCAAGUUUCCCAUCUCAGUAAACACCAGAUAAUCCACACUGGAAAGAAACCAUAUCAAUGUGAUCUGUGUGAUAAAGUUUUUAGUCAAAAUUGUCAUCUUUCAAGCCACCGGAGAAUUCAUACUGGAGAGAAACCUUACAAGUGUAAUGAAUGUGGCAAAGCCUUUAGGCAUUGGUCUGAAAUCAGAAUUCACCUAAGAAUUCAUGCUGGAGAGAAACCUUACAAAUGCACUGAGUGUGGCAAAGCCUUUACUCAAGGUUCCCAUCUCAGUAAACACCAGCUAAUCCACACUGGGGAGAGACCGUAUAAAUGUGAUCUGUGUGAUAAAGUCUUUAGUCAGAAUUCCCAUCUUUCAAGCCAUCGGAGUAUUCAUACUGGAGAGAGACCUUACAAAUGUAGUGAGUGUGGCAAAGCCUUUAGGCAAUGGUCUGACAUCAGGAUUCACCUAAGAAUUCAUGCUGGGGAGAAACCACACAAAUGCGAUAAGUGUGGCAAAGCCUUUAUCCAGGGUUCCCAACUCAAUAAACACCAGAUAAUCCAUACUGGAAAGAAACCAUAUAAAUGUGAUCUGUGUGACAAAGUCUUUAGUCAAAAUUCCCACCUAUCAAGUCAUCGGAGAAUUCAUACUGGGGAGAAACCUUACAAAUGUGAUGAAUGUGGCAAAGCCUUCCGUGUGCAUGCUAGCCUAACUUACCAUCAAGUAAUUCAUACUGGAGAAAAACCUUACAAAUGUAUGGAGUGUGGCAAGACUUUUAUUAAGCCAUUGUACCUUAGGCAUCAUGAAAGAGUCCAUGGGGCUGGCCAGAUAGCUAACUAAAGUGCCUGCUUAGGUGAAGUGCAGCAGCUGAGGGUUCUAUUCCCACUGUGCCACGCUGGCCCUGACCCCGGGGGCAUGCUGAAAUGGCGAUUGAGACUGG